GGAUCGUCCAGAUUCUCAGUGUAGUCGUCUCGAACGAAAUCGCUAGGGUUGGCUGAAACUGCUAAAACAAACUAUCGCGAAAGACACAGGGAUCGUCUCGCGUAUUGCCGUCAGUUCCGCUGAUUCUUUUUUUCUCUUUCGAGGAUAACGUACGCUGAAUGAGCAGUAACGCGAUGUAACACAACGGGGACAUCAACCGUUGCGAGGAUCUUUCAUGGAAAUUCGAGCUGAUCGAGAAUCGUUAUCACGUAUCUCAAUGUAUUUCGCCAAUAUGUUGCGAAUGCGUAGUGAACGUAAUGAGGAGUAAAAUGCCACCGUUUCGAAGGAAAAAGUCUGGAAAAUCUUUCCCCGUUAAAGUCUGUACGCUGGACGCUGAACUAGAAUUCAGUUUGGAGUGGAGAUCAACGGGACGAGAUUUAUUCGACUUAGUCUGCCGCACGAUAGGAUUAAGGGAAACAUGGUAUUUUGGAUUGCAGUACGAGGAUGCUAAAGGAUUCAUAUCUUGGUUAAAAUUGGACAAGAAAGUGCAAGAUCAAUGUAUCUCCCAACAACCGACAACACCUUUCAUGUUUCUGGCAAAGUUUUAUCCGGAGGAUGUUGCUGAAGAAUUGGUGCAAGAAGUGACACAGCACUUGUUCUUUCUGCAAGUGAAACAAGCUAUUCUUUCCAUGGACAUUUACUGCCCACCGGAGGCAUCCGUAUUGUUAGCUUCCUACGCGGUUCAGGCAAAGUACGGAGACUACGAUGAGGUUUCAUAUCGUCCAGGAAUGUUGGCCAGCGAAGAUUUAUUGCCACAAAGAGUCAUCGAUCAGUAUCAGAUGACUCCUGAAAUGUGGGAGGAUAGGAUAAAAAUUUGGUAUGCUGAUCAUCGUGGUAUGUCCAGAGACGAAGCGGAGAUGGAAUAUCUGAAGAUUGCCCAGGAUCUUGAUAUGUACGGUGUAAAUUAUUUCCCUAUCAGUAAUAAAAAGGAAACUGACCUUUGGCUGGGAGUCACGGCCCUAGGAUUGAACAUUUACGAGAAGGAGAAUAAGCUAGCACCGAAAACAACGUUCACGUGGUCAGAGAUACGGCACAUCAGUUUCGAUGACAAGAAAUUCGUAAUAAAACCAGUGGAGAAAACGUCGCCGAACUUCGUGUUCUUCUCGCAGAAAGUUCGGAUGAAUAAAUUGGUAAAAAAACAGUCAGAUGUUGGCAGCUGGGUGAAGGGUUUCAUAGCUUUAGGAUUCGACGAACAAAACAAUGACAAAGCUGCUCAUAUAUUAUUUGUUAAGAUCCUAGACCUGUGUAUCGGCAACCAUGAUCUGUUUAUGAGAAGACGAAAGCCUGACUCCAUGGAGGUACAGCAGAUGAAAGCUCAAGCUAAAGAAGAAAAAUCAAGUAAUGGCCGUUUUAUUAGGCGACAAAUCGAGAGAAACAAACUAGCGCGAGAGAAGCAACUCAGAGAAGCCGCAGAAAGGGAAAAGGCUGCUAUGGAACAACGUCUUCUACAAUAUCAGGAAGAAAUUCGCUUAGCAAAUGAGGCACUCAGGAGAUCUGAAGAAACUGCAGAUCUACUAGCAGAGAAAAGUCGCGUAGCUGAAGAAGAGGCAAUGCUGUUAAGUCAGAAGGCCUCGGAGGCGGAGCAGGAAAUCACACGUAUACGAUUGAAUAACAUGAAAACCGAAGAGGAAAAGGUUCACCUCGAACGAAAAACCAGGGAAGCAGAGUUGCUGACAGAGAGGCUGGUACAAGAGUCAGAGCGAAGAGCUGCUGAAGCAGAAAAAUUAAAAGACGAACUACUACGCGCGCGUAUCGCCGAAAAAGAAGCAAAGGAAAAAUUGUUGGAAUUCCUUAGCAGGAACGCUUACACUGCAACUAUAGCUCCGGUGCCAAAUCUGUUCCCAUCGACGCAAGUACUCCCGUCAGAUUUGCAAGCAGAUCUUCAGACAUUGCAACUGGACGCGGAACCUCUGCCAGCCGAUUUAACAUCCUACGAUCUAAUCGCCGAUGGGGAUGUCGAUCAACUUUCCCUGGAGAUCGAAAAAGAGAGAGUCGAUUACUGGGAAAAGAGCAAGCACUUGCAAGAGCAGCUCAGAGAAUUGCGCACAGAGAUAGAAGUUAUGAAGGUUGGCGAGAAACAGUGCGAAUUAGAUCAGUUACAUGAAGAACAAGUGCGGCUCGGUGAGAAUAAGUAUAGUACGUUAAAGAAAGUGAAGUCCGGAUCCACCAAAGCCAGAGUUGCAUUCUUCGAGGAGUUAUAGUGCUAGAGAGCUCUAAAAGAUUGAAAAAUUAACGGAGACUUUUUAUGGGAGAGGAGACGAGACAAAUACGCGAUUGGGUAUGAAAUUUCUGAAUCUCAGACACGUACGUAUGUAUACGUUUUAGAAUACUGAAACGUACGCUUUCUGUGUAGUAAUAGUUUGAUUUAUCCUAUAAUAUUUACGAUACUGAUAUAAUUAGUAAAUCAUACUUAAAGCAGUAAAAUUGUCUUUCUCGCUUGGAUUUACGUUUGUUUCCACCCGCCCAUGUAUCUUUGCCUACUUUGUUGUAUUAACGUUCAGUGUUUAAUAACUUAGUAACUCGGCUAGUAAAGUUUUGCACAAAAUACGUAUGCAGAAAUCAAAAUUAGUAGAAUUGCUAGGUGUUAAUGAUUGUAUAGAAAUAAGCAAUUUUUAAAAUUGUAUAUUAUAUUUUAAAGUUUCGGUAAUUUUAAAAAAUACUACCCUUCUUUUUUUUAACAGAAACAUUAUAUCGAUUAAAGUUCAACUUUAAAAAAAAAAAACAUGAAUUUCCUGUCAAAUUUUAAUAAUGAUGGGAAUUAAUUUCGGUUUUAAUAAAUUUCAGUUACUAGUAAUAUAUUAGCUAGUAAUGUUUAGAUACUAUUUACUCUUUAAUGUAACGUGAUCGAAUGUGCCUAUAAAAAUUGCAUCGUGCAUUUUGCACAUCGCAUGAUUGGUAAAGGAAUUAUCGAGAGAGAAAAAAACUGUAUUACAGCUACAGUCUAGUCGAACAACUUACAAAAUAACUAACAACCAGAUUCCUGAUUGAUAGAGGUGCAAAAUACAAUAGUUAUUCCGAUAUUCAAGUUCAUGAUCAAUGUUUGAAGACUCGUUUUCAUGCUCGAUCGCUAUUAAAUUGUAACUUCGAAUGUUUCGAAUAGUCUAUUUAAUAAUUCGAAUAAUCUGAAAUACGACUGGUACAAGUAGAAAAUGUGAUUUUCAACGAAAUUGCGAAAGUAAACGGAGGAUUCCAAUGCAAUAUAAAUCAUAAUUUUAAAAAGUCUGAUAAUGAUAAAAAAAAGUAUAAUACAUAUACUCAUACAUCAAACUUAUUUCAAUAAAAUAGAGAGGGCCUUCCGUUAUGUAAUUUUUACAUAAGAGGACCAAAAAUUUGUUAUAGUUGCAAAAAAUAUAAGAAAUUAUUUAUAUUAACACACUAAAUCUUUCGAUAAUGACAUAUAAUAUUAAAAUGUUAAAUUUGUGAUAUAUAAAAGAAAAUUGAUAUAAAAAUAUUCAAUCACUGUAUGAGUAUAUAUAGCGACAUUCGUUUUUAUUAUAUAAGAAAAUAUGUAAGUAUAAAACAAAUUGUUGUUAUUCAUGCCAUAUGUCAUGAACCAUAACUAACACAAUUGCUAUAUAGUUAGUUUGAUUAGACUAGAGCAUUAGAAUCUUUGUGCAUUAUCAAUUGUGGCCUUCGAAAAGGAAAUGUUCCUAUCAAUGUAGUAAAAAGUCAGUGUUCAAGUAUUCUACUUAAUUAAGUACUUUCUAAGUACUAUUUAAAAUGUAACAUAUUCACUAAUUAUAGCAUAAAAUGUAUAUGAUACUUUUCAAACAAGAAAAAGAAGUAAUUUUUAUAUGAAGUAAAUGUAUAUUGUAUGUAUAUUGUAUAAUCCUAUUUACUUUAUUAGUCCACAUUAUAAAAUAAGUAUAUGUAACAGAUGAUUAAAUUUUUAUGAGCAGUUACAUAAAGCAGAAAAGAACGUCAAAUUUUUUGAUUUUUCGUUUACUUAAAAUUAAUAUUUUAUAAAACAAAGUGUGCCAUAAUUUUUCAUACCUUCAAGUUUUAGGUAAACGGUAUUCGAUAAUACAAAACAAGAAUAAUUUCAGGAAAGACUUUGAAUUAGAAAAAUUUCGAAUUGGUACUCGUAAAGAUGCCUUAUACGUUGUUAAUAAGUUUAUACUACUUGAGCACUGAUUAUUUUGAAAUAUGGAAGUACAGGAAAAGUAAAUAUUAUUAUUACCUCUUAGACAAUAUUCUUAUAUUUUGCGAAUCAUUUUUAUUUCUAUAUUCUAUAUGUCAAAUAUUCAGUAUUGAAAUAUAUUACAUUUUUUAAGAUAUUUUACCAAAAGUCUGGUGCAAGUGUUCAAUCGAAAAACGAUGACUGGAACUGCCGGCGUCGUGAUCUGUGAUUCAAAUAUGCAAGUAUAUUGGUUGUUAAUUUAAAACUUCGGCUAAAUCAGUAUUUUUUCUAUAAUAUAGAAGAAUGUACCUGUAAAUGUAUUCACAAUUGCAAUUGUUCAAUCAGUAGUUUAUAUCACCGCUAUGAAAUUUUUAUUCUCGAAUUCUUGUUAUGAUACCGAAAAUUGUGUCAUAUAUAUAAUGAAUCCUUGAAUAUUUCCAUUACGUUCGUAUUGAAAUUGACUUUGUUCUUCCAUAUAUAAUAGCAACAGUAAAAUAUAUUUGCAAAACAACCUUUUAUUUACAUAUACAAUUUUUCUAGUAACAUAUACAUAUAUAUAUAUAUAUAUAUAAUUU